UGCACGGCAGAAAUGAUCAUAUCCAGGGUGUUUCCACUAAUCCGGGUCAGAUUUCAUGUUUUAGUUUCACUUCCUAGUUAACAUGGAAGGUGCGGAACCAGCUACAUUCGCUCAGUCAGUGUAACCUUCGCAGAUUCCGACGCGUUCGUUUUCGGUUUUCUUUUGCGCGAGCAUGUUGAAAUGGCUAAACUUUGCUAAAAUAUAAUAUAUCGUAAUUGCAAAACUCAGUGUCGCUUGAUCGACGCCGAUUUCUCGCCUCAGACGCACGUCUGUGAAGAGCCUGGGCUGGAUGCAUCAUUACUCGAGCUGACCAGGUUCAGUGUCCUGCUGUGGAAUGGGCUCUUACAGGAGUGAGGACCCUCACCUGAAGCUGCUGACUUCACACCGAGAGCUGCUGGUGGAGCAGGUGAAGAACACGCAGUGUGUGCUGGACAACCUCCAGAUGAACGGCUUCAUCUGCACUGAAGACAUCGAGAUCAUACAGCGCAGCAGCACCAAAACUGAGCAGGUACGCAAAAUCCUGGAGCUGGUUCAGAGUAAAGGAGAGGAGUGCUCAGCGUAUUUCGUACACGUUCUUCAUGAAGCAUACGAUGCUUACAUUGAUCUGCGGCCUUGGUUUGAAGAAAUUCGGUACAUACCAUUAGACACUAUUAGUGUCAUACCAGUGGUCAACACAGAUCCCAUUAGCAAGUACUGUGAGAAGCUCAGAUAUGAGCUGGGAAGAGACACUCAGUUCAUCACGUCGUACUCGAAGAGCGAGGAGACGCCGCUGGAGGAUCUGUACACGGACACUCAGAUGGAGCUCCUGAACGACAGAGGUGAGAGUUUGGGAUACUUGCAGAGUCUGGAAGAGCUUCUGGGAGACCAGGGUGUCUUCAACCCGCAGGCCGAGACCAUCUUCAUCACUGGCGACGCUGGCGUGGGCAAAUCCAUCGUUCUUCAGAAGCUGCAGAAUCUGUGGUCCAGAAGAGAGCUAAAGACUCGCGCCAAGUUCUUCUUCAAGUUCAGAUGCAGGAUGUUUAGCGCCUUCAAGGAGACCGACGAGAUCUCGCUGAAGGAUCUGAUCUUUAAACACAACUGCUAUCCAGACGGCGACCUCGACAACGAGGUCUUCACCUACAUCUUGCGAUUCCCAGAGACGGUGCUUUUCACCUUUGACGGAUACGAUGAAAUCCAAACGGAUUUUGAUUUGGAUAACGUGCCAGAAACGGUUUCCCCGGAGGAAAAGACCCGUCCACUUUUGCUUCUCAUGAACUUGCUUUGUGGAAAAUUGCUCAAAGGUUCCCGGAAGAUUCUGACUGCACGAAGUGGCACCGAAGUCCAAAGCAGAGUGAUCUGGAAGAAGGUCUAUUUGAAGGGAUUUUCACCUGAACACCUGAAGAGAUACACGGCUUUGCAUUUCCCAGAGAAGGAACACAAGACAAUGGUGACCGAUCAACUAGACGCCAAUCCUCACCUCUGCGGUCUUUGCUCCAUCCCGUUGUUCAGUUGGAUCAUCCUCAAGAGCUUCAAGCAUCUUCAUUCGGUAUAUGACAACUUUGAGUUGCCGGAUUCUUGCAUUACGCUCACAAAUGUCUUCUUGCUUCUUUCCGAGGUCUUUCUUGGACACUCGACUGCACGUCCUGGUCUUUUAAAACGGAGUACGAGGUGUCCAGCGGAGACCUUUAAAGCUGGUGAGCAGAAGCUUGCGGCUUUCGCUCGACUGGCCUUGCAUGGUCUCGAACGGGGAGGACUUGUGUUCAGUAUGGAGGAAGUGACAUCCUGUGGAUUAGAAGAUGAAGUCCUUCAGUUUGGGUUUCUGAGGCCUGCUUCUCAUUACGAUGGAUCCGGAGGCUCUGCGACCUUCGAGUUUCUCCACGAGACCCUCCAGGCCUUCUUGGCGGCGUUUUCAUUGGUGCUGGACUCCAAAAUAACUCCUGAAUCUAUUCUAAGUUUCUUCUCCAAAUGCGAAUACAAGAGGUCGUCGCAUCUCUCCUGCUUGCCUUGCUUGGGAAAGUCGAGACCUAGAGAUAAAGACCCUUUCCAAACCAACUUCCAGUUCACCAAUUUAUUCUUAUGCGGCCUCUUGUCCAAACCCAAUGCGGCACUCCUGGAGCAUCUCGUUCCUCCGGCGUCAUUGAAACAGAAGCGCAAGAUGCUCAAGUCUUAUCUGUCUAACAGCGUGAGAACGCAUCUUAAAGGCCUUCCUCGAUAUCCAUCCACAGACAUUGAGGGCGACAAGGUGCAUGCAAUGCCAAAUUUCUUGUGGAUGCUGCGGUGCAUAUUUGAGACAAACAGCGAGGACGUUGCAAAGAUGACGGCCAACGGCAUAUCGGCGGAUUACAUUAAGAUCGCCUUCUGUAACAUUUACUCGGCCGACUGCAGCGCGUUGAACUUUGUCCUCCACCACCGUAGGAAGCACCUGGGGGUCGACAUGGACAAUAACAACAUCAACGAUUACGGCGUGAAACAACUGAGACCCUCCUUCAGCAAAAUGACAGUAGUAAGAUUUUGCGUGAAUCAGCUCACUGACAGCAGUAUCGAGGUUCUGGCAGAGGAACUCAUCAGACACAAAGUCAUUAAGGUCUUGGGUCUUUACAAAAACUACAUCACAGAUGUUGGAGCCAAGCUAGUAGCAAAGAUCAUUGAAGAAUGUCCACACUUGAGGGUUGUCAAGCUCGGCUGCAACAACAUCACAGGUGUGGGUGGGAAAUACCUUGCCAGUGCAAUUCACAAGAGCAAAUCUAUCUUUGAUGUAGGAAUGUGGGGAAACACCAUCGGUGACGAGGGUGCAGAUGCAUUUGCAGAGGCUCUGAAGAAUCACCCAAACCUGACCAACCUCAGUCUCUCUGCCAAUGGCAUUACGUCUCACGGUGGAAGAAGUCUGGCAAAAGCACUGAAGGAAAACAAAAGCCUUCACAUCUUCUGGUUGAUACAGAACAAAAUCUCUGAUGAUGCAGCGUCGGACUUUGCUGAUGCCUUCAGAUCCAACUCUGCUCUGACGCAUCUGAUGCUAAUAGAAAACGAGUUCACCAUUCAUGGAGCCAAAGAGAUGUCUGAAGGCCUGACUAACAACACUACACUGAAGGAAGUCAACAUUAAAGGAAGCCGGGUUUCUGAAGAAGAAGAACAACUCUAUGAGGGUGACAAGCGGCUUCGCUUCCACUGAGAAGAAACAUUAAAACACGUGAUUUGAGAAAAAAAAAAAAAGUCUGUGAGAAAAGGAAGUUGGUGUCAUUCCAGACACUGGUUUUCUUCAGUAUCAGAAGCACCACUGGCUGUGAAGGCAAAACCCAUUCAAGGCUUUCAGGUGUAUUACGGUCACUCUGACGCAGGUUUUAUACAAUCAUACUUAGAUGAAACUCUUUGGGAAUACUUUAGGCUUUUUAAUAGGGAUGCACCGAUACAAUACCGAUAUCGGGCCGAUACUGCACUCCUGUAUUCAUUAAAAUGCUCCAAUACCAAAAGCACACGGCGUGUGAAGAGUGCUGUAUCCAGACAAAGAACCACCGACAACAGAACAGAAUGGAGUUAUUAGAGAUUAAGGAUAUCUAUGCAUGUAUGGAAUCAAUAUAAUGUUAAACAUUCAUGCCUGUAUAGCUGAUGUGCGCGAGCUAAUAAGCAUAGUGGAUUGAGUGCGCGGCGGCACAGAUGCGCAAGCUUGUCAAGUGAACAUCUCUUUCUCACAGACAGCACUGGAAAGUUUAUAGAUCGGCCGGGAAUGUCAAAAGCAAGUAAGUAAAUGAAUGCACAAGUUACUAAAAGCUACUUGAUGGACGGCAAGGAGAGAGAAAGCGAGCGAGGAAGAGCGCGCGCACUGUUGCAUGAUCUUGAUUUCUGUUCGUUCCAUUAGCACAUGCAUCGUUUGGACUAAAAACAAACAAAUUAUAGGGGCAUUCACUAUAAACAACAUUUUACACGUCAAACGUAUACAACUUCAUUUAAAGCGUAAGUGAAACUCGCAGCCUGUGUGAAUGCGCUGGGCUUUAUUUGUCUCUCAUUCUGCACCAACACAAAUGUUCGGCUUGCUUGACGUCGCUUUGGAAUAUACAAGUCGCAGCACAUUUCAGAUAAUAAAAAACAACUUAUAUUUUAGAAAAUAUAAUUUGGUUUCUCUACCCAGUGUAUUUAAAUAUUAUAAAUGC